UGACAGCGCCAUUUGGUGAAUGGAAGAAGUUUGUUGAUCAAUUUGCAACACCCAUUCCUGCGUGUUUUGCUGCCGUGAAGAAGCCCGAAAUUUUCCAAUGUGCUAGCGCCGUCGCCUAAAACGCUUUGCUUGCACAACGUUCUCUACACAACCCCAGCAGCCGAAAAGUGCGACCACGGGCAGACAGCAAGCGGAAGUGUGCAGGGUGCCCCAUUUCGCGCCCAGUCUAUAUGGUUGGUGCUGCGGCAGCACGGCACGGACGCAGCGGCGGGCGGAUGCAUUCUGUCUCGCACUGAAACCAAAACAACCCUAGCAACAGCAACUUCGCUAAACCCACACGGUGCAACUGCAUUUGGGCGUAACACAAAGUAUGGACAAUUGCCACAACUAUGCCACCACAUCGAAAAAGAAACGAAUCCCCAUCUCGGACGAUAUACACAUCAUAAUCAAAAAGUUCCGAGACAAGGACAAGCACGAUGAGAAGCCUUCUACGUCAGGUGACCAUGACUAUGACGACGAGCACAGCAUGGACUCGGAGGAGCUGCGACGCGUCCGGCACCAGGAACCGUCCUCCUCCUCCACGCUGGUCGGCAUCGCGUCGAACAGCAAUAGUAAUAGUACAACCUGCCCCAGCGGCAACUCGCUACAAACGGUCGGGGUGGCCAGCAACCACACGGUGCAGCUGCAGCCCCAGCAACACAUCAUAUCGCUAGGCCAGACGCACACCGGUCUGGUGGCGAGUAGCAGCAGCAGCAGCAAUGCCAACCUAGCAUGCCAAAGCAGCAGCAGCAGCCAGUCGGAGGACAUCAAACUCAUCCUUCGGAAGCUGUCCAACAUCGAGGAGCUGCUGAAGGUAGUUGCCGAACAGAGUCUAAGUCGUCUGACGACGAUAAAGCAAGAGACUGGCGCCACACUGACGACUGCAUCCGGUGGACAGCUGACGGCGGUCGAGGCGAAUCAAGUAAUUCAGCAACACCAUCAUCAGCAACAACAGCCACAGCAGCAGCAGCACCAUCAGCAGCAGCACCAGCAGCAAACGGUACCCCAGGGUGUGGAGCUUGAAUCGUGCUUCAAGUUCCCGAUCCGUACGCUCAAAGAGCUGAUCGAGCUGAACAAGAGCAUCUGCGGCGACGAGUCGCUGUACAACAAGCUGUUCGAGCAUCUCACCAAAAUAAGACUGGACUGUGACCAAAACAUCGUCAUCAACGCGCUAACGUCGAUCGUCAGCGACGAGGUGCUGGAUGCGGUUACGUGGGACACCGGCAAAAAGUUUAAGCUUUCCUCGGUCGUGCUGUUUAGCGAUUCGCUGUACGUCGCUUGGUUUAAGGACAAGAUGAAGUACGACGAGUACGUGACCGAGAUGAAGGAUGCCAUCGAACGGUCGCACAAGCGGCACGCGAAGGUUAAAACGAAACGAAACCAACAGACCAACAGCAGCCACCAGGCAUUGCAGCAGCAGCAACAGCAGCAGACACAGUCACUGCAACCGAUCCUGCACUCGCCUUUGGGGACGAGCAACAGUGCCAGCACGACUGCCGUCGUCGGCGCUGCACCGCCCGGUACCGUCAGCUCGAUCAGCUGCGACAAUAGUGCAUUAAUUCUCAAGGUAGAUUCUCUCGAAUAGUAGUGAACCACGUGUGCGUACGGUGCAGCAUGCCAGGGCAGGGAGUUUAAACGGAACCAGAAUUUGUUUGGACACAUCCCCCUAUCCCAUUCAUUACCCACCAUCCCCUUGCGGUGAUUGCGACACUCUGCACCUGUGUGUGUGUGUUUUUUUUUAAAUAAUGUUUGAUUGUGUUUCACAAAACUAUAAUCAGACAGCCUACGGCAAAUAGCAAAGCGUUGAUUAUUAAUUCUAUUUUCUCUAACAUUCAUUAUUGCACACAUCUGCAACGAAAUGAUGCUGCCAGUGUGUGUGUACGAGAGAGAAAGAGAGAAUAUGAAUUUAGUUGCAAUGUAGUGGAUCACGGAUCUAAGGGCAAAGGAAAGCAAAGUAAGCUUAGAAGCGAUCAGUGUCGACAAAAGGAGUGUGCCACCAAGGUUGCCACGCGAAAUGGCAUCCGGAUCGAAGAAAUGAAACUCGGUUUCCCUUUCAUUAAAUAUCUGCAGGGCGCGCUGCAAUAGUCAUAGAUUUGUUUUGUUUUGUUUUAGAUACGUACUGUUUGAAUGUUUUUUUUUCCUUUUUCAUGACCCCCAUCAUAGACCCCCUCCAUUUACAAGGUGUAAUAGAAACACACAAAAAACACGGGGAAAGGGACACACAACAGGGAUACACAUUUGGAAUGAGCUAAGAACUAAAGCACUACGGCGGCCCUCUCUCGCCAUGCAACGGGCGGGAGAGGGAGCGGUACGUACACAAACUAAGUUUAACGUUUAGACAUAUGAAACGCUGUAAAACAAAAUCUUACGAAUAAAACAAAGCAAGAAAGCACCACCCUC